AUGAAGCUGAGAACAUCAUCUUUGAAACGAUUCAACGAUGCGAAGGAUGCGUUGGACAAAUCACAAUCUAUGUAUGAAUCCGCAAUGGCAGAAGCCCAGCAAAUCAAGGACAAGGAUGAAGCCGCUGGUUUGCCAAUAUCAUUGAACUUUGAUCCAACGUAUCAGAUCAUCUUGAAGCGCCAUCUCAUCCUUGGCGCUGCCAGGAGUUCAACGGAAGAUCGAGAUGGAAUGGCUUCCAAGGCCCUGGAAGACCUUUUGAAGCAGGACCCCUUCUUUGAAGAACUGCUCAAUGAUCAUGACGCUUCAGUCAUGACGCUUGGGCGGCUCAACUACGUUCGAGACAUCCUCCUUGAUCUCCAACCUUCAGUGGACAAAGUUGAUGAAAUGAUCACCAUGCACAACAGUGCUGUGUCAUUGCUUAGCCAAAUUGCGAACGCAUUGCGCAGUGAUGUUGACAAUUGGAAAGCUGGUAUGAAGGCAACAGCCAAGGCAAAGGAAGAAGAGCGUAAAGCCAAAGAGAGAGAACAAGCAAGACUUGAAAAGAAAAGAAAGGCUGAAGAACUGAAACAGAAAAAGAAAAGAGAUAAAGAGCUAGAAAAGCAGCAAAAAGAUGCACAAGCAGCAGCAUCAGCAGAAGACACAACGCAAGUGCCAGACGGCCCAGAGCAAGACCAAGACAAGAGGAGACGUCGUACUAGGACCAAUGUCCUAGAGUUGGAUCAAGAUACAGACCUACCAAUCAUCUUCAACGCUCGUCGCUUUGGGCCUGAGUAUGAAGUUGGGGUGUUUGAUGAACUUGCCAACUUUGCAACCGCCAUUUGGAACCAUUCAACAGUCUCCAAGAUUUGCCGCCUCAAGAAGAAGGGCUCAAUCAAACAUGUCUUGAAGAUGAUACCACCACGGCUCCUUGAUUCACAACAGGUGGCUUCGCUUGCAAAAUCGAUUCUUGAUGCGGUAACAGACAAUGCCACCAAGUUUGAUGAGCUCUUGAACUCAUCUGCAGCAGCCGCAGGCCGUGACCGCACCACCAAACAGCUGGACUUGGCUGGGACAUCACCAUACUUGGGAUUUGACCGUCUUAUCCAAGAAGCAUCUGAGAAUGCGUUGACUGAAGGCAGCACUGGAUCUUCAGCGAUCUUGCUUGACCGAGAAGACUUGAUGGCGAGGAAGCUUGGUUUCUUUUGA